AUGAGUGACGCGGAAGAUCGACAGGCCUCUCGCGAGGCGUCGGAGGCGGAGGACGCGGAAGAGAACGAAGAAGAAGAGCCUUUCUCGGGUUCCGAGUCCUCGUCUGAGGAAGAGGAGGAAGACCGCAAGCGCUCGAAGAAAAGCAAGAAAAACAGCAAGAGGAAGAGCUCGACGGAGAAGCGAAGUCGAAGCAGAGAUGGCGGCCGCCGAAAGAAACGGCGAGGAGUCAACGCUUUCCUCGAUGUCGAAGCACAGGAAGGCGACGACGAAGAAGAGGAGGAAGGCGACGAUUUGUUUGACUACAGCGACGAAGCCGCGCAGGCCGCACGCUUGGCUGCACAAGCCUCCGAGCGGCGCGUGGGCCACGACCGCACGCAGCAGCGACGUGGGGGCGCGAGUCACCUGGAGAGCGCGAUCGACUCUCUCACGCGCCGGUACCAGGACCAGACUUUCGAGGAAGGCGAGGAAGAAGACGACCUUGACGCCGACGGUUACGCGCUCGAAGAUCCAAACGAGAACAACCUGCUUCCGGACAUCACGGACCCGAAGCUGUGGAUGGUGAAACUGAACAAGACUGGAGUGGAACGGGAAGUGUGCAUUUCGAUUUUGAACAAGAGCUUCCAAAUGCAGGAGAAGGGCAGCGAUUGCGAGAUCUAUUCUUGCUACGCGUCAGACGACCUCAAGGGCUAUGUCUACGUCGAGGCUUUCAGCCAGUACGCGAUCAAAGAGGCGCUCCAAGGCCUGCGGCUCAUUCGCACCUACGGCGAGAUCAAGAUGGUUCCGCUCGAGGAAAUGACAGCCGUCUUCAACUCGGUGCGGUCGCGAGCGCCGUACAUUCCCCAGCGGAACGACUUUGUGCGCGUGAAGCGGGGUCUGUACGCGAACGACAUUGCGCAAAUCCACCAAGUAGAGGAACAGGGAAUUGUUGUCACCGUGCGCCUCAUUCCUCGCCUCGACUUAAAUGCUCUCCUAGACAGAGACAAGAGAGGCGAUUUUAGUCGAAAGAGCGACAUGGCGGCACUGAAGCGGAUGGGGGGCGUUCGAGCACAGAAACGAUUCUUUGACCGCGAUGAAGUCGACGCCCGAGGCGGACAAGUUGAGCAGGGCGUUCUCCCCGGCACAGUUCGCUUCGCAGGCAUGACCUUCGAAGAGAGCGGAUACCUGCUCAGACGCAUGGCCGUUCGCCACCUUCUCGUCGGCUCCGCGGCGGCGCCUUCCCUCGCGGAGGUCACCGAGUUCGUUCAGGGACAACAAGGCAAAGAGGAAGAAGAUCUCCACGAAAUUCGCCGGCCGUUGUCGUCGUUUUUGAAGCGCCAGCGAAGCGCGUAUCGUCUGGGGGAACGCGUGCGCGUGAUUGGCGGCGAACUGCAAGGCAUGCGUGGGAAAAUCGGCGAGCGCAGGCAAGAACCCGAAGACGACGACGAAGAAGAGGCUGUUGAAGUCAUCCUCGAAGACAAAAAACUCGGACCCGUCAUGCUCAAGACGAGUCACGUCGUGAAGGAUCUGCAACUCGGAGAGAACGUGCGAGCAGUCGGCGGCGUGAACGCGGGGCACAGCGGUCUGAUCACUUCCGUCGACUUCAGCAAACAGACCGCGACAGUCUUCUCGCCAGCUGCUGGCCUGGAAUUCACCUGUGGCCUAGAGUCCCUCACUGCGGCGCCUGACGCGGGUCUCGGCGAAGAGGGACUGUCGUCUGUGCGCGGUUUCCACUUGGGUGAUUUCGUGGAGCUGACGGGGGGCGAGAAAGGCGUCUUGGUGUUUAUCGACAAGAACCAGUCUUCGAUUCGCCUGCUGUUGCCGUCCAACUCUGCGCUCGCGGCGACGGCUGCGCAGCUGGCCUCGAAGCGGAGCACGGAUCUCUUGACAACUCUGGACGAGUCGCGCGCAACGAUCGAGAAGGGGGCGUCCGUGAUCAUCACCAAGACGCAAGGCGUUCUGCCGUCUCUGUCUGGAGUGCCCGCGGGCUCCUUCGUCGGCACGACGCUCGGCAACCUCCUGGGCAUCCCGACGACCGCGGUCGGAGGGGGUCUCCUUGGAGCCCAAGGCCCGCAGGGCCCCGGCGGCGCAGGGACAGCGGGCCUCGGCCUCAAAGGCGCCCACGCCAAAGUCCUGCACGUUUGGAAAGACCGUCUCUUCCUGAAAGUGGUGGGCCGGAGCGAGAACGGCGGAAUCAUCGCUGUCGACGCCAAGCACGUCCGCGUCUCCGGGUCUCCCGACUUCCGCGGGCCGGGAUUUCCCCAAGACGCCUUCGCGCGAAACGCCCAGGGCUCGCAACUCGCCAGAGCCCAACGCGGUCGCGUCGCCCUCCGCGGGGGCCUCGGCGGCUGGGGCCCGGGCGCGAGUCGUGGUGGGCGUGGAGGCUUCAGACGGAACCCGUACCUCGGAAAGCUCGUCAAGAUCAUGAAGGGUCGGUAUCGCGGGUUGAUGGCUACCGUGCGGCGCGUCGAACAAACUGAGCUGCACGUUCUCCUCCAAAUGAAGGAGCAGGAACUGAAAAUCCCAAAGUCGGACGUCCAGCUGAUCGAGUCGAGCAGAGAAUACCAAAGCUUCGUGGGACGCAUGGCCGCCCCGCCGCCGUCAACGCUGGGCGCGACGAGCAGCCUGGACUCUCUGCGAACUCCGCAGCCAGGCGGAUCGGCCGGCACGACGCCUCUGGAUUCUUCGCUGCUGAAUUCUGUCUCCUCGCCCUACCUCUGCGGGGCCGACGGCGCGUCUUCGCUUUCGGGCUCUGGGCCUCACUCCCGCACGCUCACGCCGCUCUCGUCUUCCUCGGCGUUCAUCCCGCCCUCGCUCGCCUCGAUCGGCUUCGGAAACGGCGACAAAGGGGCGUGCGUCUUCGACGCGAGCGGCCGGGGCGACAGCGUUCGACGCGGCAGCGUGGCGAGUUCGUUCAGACUCGACGACGUCGACUCAGACGUGGACGGGCCGCUCUUGACGCCCAGAGAGGAAGACGCCGCGUCGAACUCGUCCAUGUCGAUGAGCCUGACCACGGCGUCGGUUGCAGGAGGGCCCGCGACCAAACCGCCUGACUGGUGCUGUCCAGGCGUCGAGGUCUGCGUCAUUGCCGGCACCGGCGGCUACCGAGGAAAAAUCGGCGCGAUUGGUCAGAUUCUUCCUCAGGACGAUCACCUGCUUUGCCACGUGUACAUUGGCGAAGAAGAUCUCAUCGCGAUUGCCGCGGAGAGUCUCGCACCGGUGGUUCCGACGCAGCCGGACCCGAACAAGAGAGUGAUGAUUCUCGACCGCGAGUGCUCCGAAUUCGGCCGGACUGGUAUUUGGGUCCAAGCAAUCAGCCCGACGUGCGCUGUCAUUCGAACGCUUAACGCCGGCGAGGUAAUGUGCGAUCCUCGCCGACUCGUCAACUACAGCCCGCCUCCCGAGGACGACGAGUGA